CAGUUCCGAGUCAGUAUAGCAAGUGGAUUAAACUCGACACUAUGAAAUUCCUAAGCAUUCUGUUGGCCCUGUGCCUCUUUUUGGCCCUGGCCAUCUCGCCAAUUCGCGGCGAUUUAACUGAAAAGACGAACUCGGAGGACAAAAAGGACUUCUGUCCCUGUCCCCGGAACUACGAGCCCGUGUGUGGAACCAACAGGAUCACCUAUCCCAACCGCUGCGAAUUCGAUUGCCAGAGUCGCUCGGCAGCACGUCAGGGACGCAGCUUGGGACUCCUGAGAACCGGCACCUGCUAACCUGGAUAGUCUUCUAAAAACUUAACCAUAGAAACCUCUGGAAAAUGGAAUAAAACUAACUUGAAAUUGGAAAAAUAAAUAAUCAAAUUAAAUACAUAUAUGGGCCCUGUAUUAAUCAUCGAGCUGAAAUAAAUAGAAAUAAACCAGCUUA